AUGGCGACGACUAGCGGUGGCAGCGAGUAUAGCAGCGCGAUGCGCAAGUUCAAGCUCGUAUUCCUUGGCGAGCAGUCGGUGGGGAAGACGUCGCUGAUCACGCGCUUCAUGUACGAUACAUUCGACGGGAACUAUCAGGCGACGAUUGGCAUCGACUUUUUGUCCAAGACCAUGUAUCUGGACGACCGCACGGUGCGUCUGCAGCUAUGGGACACAGCUGGACAGGAGCGGUUCCGCUCGCUGAUACCUUCGUAUAUCCGUGACUCGUCCGUUGCGAUUGUCGUGUAUGACGUGACGAAUCGCGAUUCAUUCCAGUCGACGUCCAAGUGGGUCGAAGACGUGCGUGCCGAACGCGGCAACGAGGUCAUCAUUGCGCUCGUCGGCAACAAGACCGAUCUGAAUGAUAAGCGCGAAGUGUCGACGGAAGAGGGCGAGCAGCGCGCGAAGGAGUACAACAAUGUCAUGUUCCUCGAGACGUCCGCCAAGGCCGGCCACAAUGUCAUGCCGCUGUUCAAAAAAAUCGCUCAGGCCCUUCCUGGGGGCGACGAUGCGCAGAACGACAGCGCUGCGCCACACCACACUAUCGAUGUCUCGGCCCAGGCCGAGGGCGAGUCCGCGUCGUCGUCAUGUAGGUGCUAA